GUCCUCUCCCUCUCUCUAGCCCCACCCCCAAUCUCCAGUUUGAAACCCUAUUGAUCUCAGGAGGGAGGCAAGAAAAUCAUCGCCAUGGCUUCUCCUUCGUCUCUCUCCCCUCCACCGGUCCCAAUGCAGCUCUUCGCUCGGAAUCGAGAAAAGCUCCUCCGAUCUCUCCGCGAUCACCUCGCCUCGAUCUCCAGGCCGAUCCAGGGGUUCGUCUUGUUGCAAGGGGGCGAUGAGCAGACGAGAUACUGUACGGAUCAUGCUGAGGUGUUUAGGCAGGAGAGUUACUUCGCUUACUUGUUUGGAGUGAGGGAGCCAGGAUUCUACGGUGCGGUCGAUGUCAGCUCUGGUCGUUCAUAUCUGUUUGCUCCAAGGUUACCUGCUGAAUAUGCUGUUUGGUUGGGUGAGAUAAAGCCGUUAUCUUAUUUUAAGGAGCGGUACAUGGUUGACAUGGUCUUCUAUGUUGAUGAAAUAGUACAAGUUCUACAUGAUCAUUUUGGUGAAGCUGGAAAGCCUUUACUUUUCUUGCUGUAUGGGCAGAACACUGAUAGUGAUAAUUUCUCAAAGCCUGCAGAACUUGAGGAGAUGGAGAAUUUUGAAACUGAUCUGAACACUCUACACCCAGUUUUAACCGAAUGUCGUGUUAUUAAGUCUGAGUUGGAACUUGACCUCAUUCAAUAUGCCAAUGAUGUAAGCUCAGAAGCUCAUGUUGAGGUUAUGAGAAAAAUAAGACCAGGCAUGAAAGAAUAUCAAUUGGAAAGCACCUUCCUUCAUCAUAGUUAUAUGUAUGGCGGUUGCAGGCAUUGCUCAUAUACAUGCAUAUGUGCUACUGGUGAAAACAGUGCAGUUCUUCACUAUGGUCAUGCGGCUGCUCCAAAUGACAGGACUUUACAAGAUGGAGACAUAUCUUUGUUUGAUAUGGGAGCUGAAUAUCAUUUUUACGGUUCAGAUAUAACAUGUUCAUUCCCUGUAAAUGGAAAAUUCACAAAGGAACAAAUAAUCAUUUAUAAUGCUGUCCUUAUGGCACAUGAUGCCGUUAUAUCUUCAAUGCGUCCUGGAGUUGAUUGGAUACACAUGCAUAAACUAGCAGAGAAGACAAUCCUUGAGUCGUUGAAAGCAGCUGGGCUUAUGCUCGGGGACAUUGAUGGCAUGAUGGCAAAAAGACUAGGUGCUGUUUUUAUGCCCCAUGGUCUUGGGCACUUCCUUGGGAUUGACACACAUGAUCCAGGGGGCUAUCCUAAGGGGACAGAGAGGUCCAAGGAACCAGGAUUGAAGUCUUUACGGACAAUAAGAGAGCUAAAGGAGGGGAUGGUGAUUACAGUUGAACCGGGAUGCUAUUUCAUCGAUGCUUUGCUGGUUCCAGCUUUAGGAGAUCCAACCACCUCAAAGUUCUUUAACCGUGAAGAAAUAAUCAAAUAUAAGAACUUCGGCGGAGUUAGAAUUGAAAGUGAUCUGUAUGUAACGGCAAACGGGUGCAAAAAUCUCACUCACUGCCCAAGAACUGUUUCUGAAAUCGAAGCUGUAAUGGCCGGUGCUCCGUGGCCUCUGAAUUCUGGUUCCUCGAAGAUAAAAGAGGAGAAAGGUUCUGUUUAACAUAAAUAGUCUACAGAUCUUAGCUCCUACAGCAUUUCCAUAAUACUUUGAUUCAGUUUCUGAUAGAAAUUUAAGCCUAUUGUCAACAUAUCCUUACUCAGCUUGAUACAGGAUGCCAAUGCCCUCUGCUUUUGGGCUUAAUUAAUAAGAGCUGAGUGUAGAUACUAUACAUGUGGAUACUUGUGCCGUCGAUAAUCGUUAGCAAUAAUAUGCUCAUACGGCCCACAGGAUAUACAUAUUGAAGAUGUGAGCGCCCUUUUCUGUGAUGUGCGUCUCCGUUGGUAGCUUCUUUGGCUAUAUUUGUGCCUGCCGCCUUGCAUUUCGACAGUCCUAUUGCUCAAACAUUUCAUGGCUGAUUGAUUUUCCAGUUUAUGUUGUUAAUCUGUUCAAUA